UACAUGUAUUGGCUGUGCUCCACUGCGCAAAGCAUGAAAAUCGAACAGGCCGGUUUAGACGGCACACAUCGCCGUCUGCUAUUCUUUGAUCGUGAAUCUUCUGCGACUACACUUACUCUAGAUGUUGAAAGACAACGACUUUACUGGAUUUUUACUGGUCAGAAAGCGAUUUCUAGCAUCGAUGUAAUGGGUGAAGGGCUAGAGAUAUUUUCUAUUCCAGGCUUUUUCAUGUGCGAUCAGGAGAAGUUCGAUAAAAUUUAG